AUGCCAAAAACAUGGCAAUCAUAUACUGGGAAUAGCGAUUCUUCUUCCACAUACAGUACAGAUAUAUCACGACCGACAGUUAAUCCUCACCGUUCAUUCUUUGUCGAGGAUUUUGACGGGCAAGGUCCCGAUGACGAAGGAAGUAGAAGAGGACUUAGUGUUUACUUAGACGAUACCAGAUUAACUGUACCACCUACACCAUCGGAUUUGAACAGUAGUGCAGAAGAUAUAAGUUCACAAGCAGCAAUUGCAGAUAGAAGUGGUGCGACGAAUGAACAAGCUGAUCACAGUGAGAAUACAAAUCAUGAAUAUAUAACGAAUCUAAGUCCUGGUGUAGUAGCUUAUCGUACUGUUAACGAUAGUGCUUAUUCAGGCCAAUCAUCAGAAGAUUUACAAAACUUCAAUGCCGGUGUAGCUGCAUUUACACAUAUUAAUCGACCACUCCCGUCUGUCAUUGCAGAAGGACCAGAUGAGAACAGUUCAUGUCGUACCGGUGAAAACCAAUCAGAUUUAGAAAAUUAUGAUCGAUACCCUCAUAAACCCAAAUAUAAUGAUAGAGAUGAACAGGAACAACCGCUGCAACCAGCGGCAGAAUUUGAUAAUGAGCGCCAGAUUCCUCCGCUCGAUGAACCCCCUCACAUUAAAAUGGAUACCCAAAGUAUAGAGAGUUCCAUAAAGGAUAGUCUUAAUCAAAGAUUUGAAGAUGCCGCUUGUGAAAUAGAUACGAGUAACGAAGAUUCCAACGAAACUCGGCAGACUAUUUCCACAUCAAUAUUAAUCAAUGAAAGAGACUCGCUGCCGUCCAGGUCGUCGAUUCAAUAUCCGCCUAUUGAGGCAACCUCAUCCAGAAUUGAGCCGUCAGAUAUUGAUAUAGAUCGAAGGGUCGAAGAGUUAGAAACUGAAGCUCAAAGAGAUAUACCACCCGGAAGUUAUGGUACAAGACUUCGAUCAGAAGGGUUCAUUCUUCAUGAUUUAAAGAUAUCCCAAAGAGAAUCCACUUCACCUCAAGAUGAAAGUAAGAAAAAACAUGUUCCUCGAAAUCUAUCACUGUUGAGUAAGAUAUUGAUUCCAGCAGCUCCUGAUUAUACCGGUACAGAAAUUCCAGUACUUCGAUCGGUGGGGAGUCCAAGAGUAGGCCAGCAGGAAAUCCCGAAGCAGCUAGAGGAACAGGAGGAAGUGCCAGUGGAGGAACCGCAAUCAAUUUCGCCAACUCCUCAAAGACCAGAGCCUGCACAAGUUAAACCGAUCGAGCGUUCGCGACCAACUUCAAGAUCUGAAGGUUUAACUUAUUCACAAGUGGAUCUGGCAUUGGAAGUAUUGAAACAAUUUCAAGAAGAGCUAAAGAGAAAAACAGGAUUAUCUGGUGAUAAUAGUAAUGAUAAUGAUAAUGAUGACGAUGACAAUAAUGAUAAUGAUAAUGAUAAUGAUAACAAUGAUGAUGAUGAUGACAAUUCAAUUCACAACAAUAACUCAAGUUGCGACGAUACUAGUUACCACAAUGAUAAAGGUUACGUGCCCAAAACGAUGCCAUUCCAAAGGGUAGAUUCAAAUGCAAUUGAUUCCAAAAUCCCAAUAAACUUUUGGCAAAAAUUCAGCAUUUGGAGAGUUUUAUUGGUGAUAUUUACAUGCAUCCUAUUUCCACCAUUCUUUUUUAUGAUAGCAGCUGGUCAUAAGCUUGGAUUUUCUGAUUUUAGGAUUAUUAAGUUGAUUACGCAUCCAAGUUAUAGAGCAAGGAUUUGGAAGGGGUUCCUUUGGGAUAUCAGUGUAAGAUGGUUUAGAUGGCUAUGCCUCAUCCUGGGUAUAAUUGAGACGUUAGGAAUCUUCGCAGGUAUUGCGGUUGGGUUUGGUGUUAGUCUUGGUGCCGAGUAG